GUAGGUCGGGCCCUAUCUAUGGUAGAUGGCCUGAAAAUGGAAGAUGCAAAGGAUGCCGAGAAAAGGGAGAUCAAAGAAGUUGACGCCCUCGAAUCUGAUGACGCCAAGAAGACAACAUGGCGGCAGACGACCAUGGGGAAGAUUUGUGUUGGUUUCUGGUCUGCCAUCGCCUUCAUCAUCCUCUUCCCCAUUUUGAUCGUUCUCGUCAUCGUGGCCUGUGUCGUCUGGCUCGUUCUUUGCCCCUUCAAAUGUUGCUGCCCUUGCUGCGCCCCGUGCCUCACUGGUAUAACUGAAGGAUUAUUCGCCUUGGUGAAAAUACCCAAGAAAAUAUUGACAUGGAUUUGUACGGGUCCUGUUGAAGAAGAUGAAAGUGAACUAAAGGAAGUGACUGAUGAUGAGAAGAGUGACUAUGGUACGAAUGGAGAGAGGGGCGUGACUCCUGAUAAGACGAAUGACUCUGUUACGAAAGGAGAGAAACCAGAAGAAACAAAGGAGUAAUAUUCUCUAAAAAGUGACCAAUCCAUAUUAUAAAAGGAAACCAUUAUAAAAAUCUAAUUCUCCUCUCGUACAUGCAACCUAUCACAAGUCAUUGGUGGCAGUUUACUUUCUAUGUCGUUGUCUUCAGUAGUCUUGGAACAGGCAGCACCACUGUGUUGAAUGGUACACUUGUUAUAGUGCAGAUAAGAAGAGUCCAUUGACCAGCUGCAUAGGGUAGUCAAUUGAACUCGGCCAGGAAAAUGUCUACCAUCAACAAUGUUAUAUGACGAUCGCAUGAGUAUACCCCUCCAAAACAAAACACAUAGUCAAUGGACUCAUCGUCCUUCCUGUAAUGCAGCAAGCGUACAAUGAGAGACUUCAUGCCAAUUAUGGAUUAGGUGCCGGCAGGUUGAAAGCUCAUUCAAGUGUUAAGGUACUGGUCCCAUGUCGAUUUCAUACCGAACCUUAUUGUAUUACCACAAAUAAUCAUAUGAUGAGUCUUAGUUUUGCCUUUCAUUGUAGUUAUUAUGUACAUUCUUGCGAUGAUGUAACACUUGCCCUUAUGAUGAAAUACAUAACAGUAAGUGCGGAUAUUCGUCCAUGCAAAUGGUGUAUGUACAGUAUAUUGCCAAGGGCAGGCCUAUAUUA